AUGCCGGCUCGACCUCCAAUCUCGAUGGGCAUGUAUGACCCGGAUAACCACCGGGAUGCAUCCAAGCUGGCCAUCGUCAAGAAGGAGAGCAAGGCAGAGGAGGAGAUGAGCAAAACCAUGCGGGAGAUCGAAUUGAGGAUCCACGGCACCGGCGAGAUCUAUCGGAUGCCGGCAAUGGUGUGUACAACGGUCUGGGACAUCAAGCUGAUGCUUUCUGAGAGACUAGGCAUGGAUCCAGGUCAGAUCACCUUUGUCACGAAACAAGGCCCCUUCUGGAGGGAAAACAAAGACCCCGAAGAGAUCGCCCGCAAGGUCUUGGUGAAGGGCAUCCAGUCCUUUGAGCGUCAAAGGCCCAAGCAUGAGCACCCUUUCGUCGUUAUUGGCGCCGGUCACAUCGGUCUUCGGCAGGCCAUGGUCUUCUUGAAGUACGGCGAGUCUAACUUUGUGAUCUUCGAUCGAAAGCCGAAGGUUGGAGGCAUGGCUUGGUGGGACCAGGCCAACGUGACGUCCAAGCUUCAGACGGAGCUGGGCGUCUACCACCUUGGCUUUGAUGAGACCUUGCCUUGCCCGAAGAACGACUACCCCUGGCCAUCUCGUGAUGAACUACUGGCCAUGUUCCAGAAGGGGGCGGAGGAGUAUGGGAUUCUUCCAUAUUGCCGUCUUGGCACAGAGGUCCAGGACGUCAAGGCAGAAGGCCAGAAGCUGGACACCAAAUAUGAAGUUACGAUCCAGAAGCUCGAUGGUGAGAGCAAGGUCGAGAAGCUGGCAGCCGAAGGGGUGUUGAUGUACCCUGGGAAUCUGUCACUUCCGCGCAGAGAAGAGUACAGAGGGGAGGAUGAGUUCGGUGGAACCAUUGCAUACGGUAUGUUCGACGAGUUUGGCUACAAGGAGGCCACCGGCAGGGAUAUCGCCAUCGUUGGCCACGGCGCAUUUGCAGUGGAAAAUGUUCGAAGUUGCUGUGAGUAUAGUUGCAAAAAGAUCUAUUUGGUUUGCCGGCGCAAGAACAUCGCGUGCCCGCGCUAUGUCUCCUGGCUUUCGAACCAGUCGCAGUCCGCACUUUCUGCAAGCCUCUUCCUGCAUGCCAUGAAGCCCAUGUAUGACCUGCUCGGCUGGGACGUGUGGACCUACUACGCCGUCCAAGGAAAUGCGAAUCGAUCCAACUGCUACAUCCAGCAGAAGGCCCGCUUCGGCAUCGGUGACGUCUACUUUUGCGCCAUCUCCUGGGGAAAGCUCGAGGUGAUCGAGGACCCCAUGGGGAUCAAACGGCUAAGCCACCACGCGCUGCAUUGCGGGUCCGGUCGCAAGAUAGACGUGCAGUGCAUCCUCAAGCUCCUCGGUUUCGUGGGGGAUCCGUCGAAUGAUCGGGUCAUGAAGGUCAAGGAGAUGGUCGGAUUCUGGGUCAACGAGGAUCCGCGGAGAUAUCUCGUGGCCGAGCCUGUCAGUGUCAUGGCGACGAAUUUCGGAGGCACCAGCUUCUCCCCGGGCGCGAUUUCCUGGGCCGAGAUGGGCAUGCACUUCAUGCAUUUCCCCAAGGACUUCUUCGAAAAGGUCCUUCCAACCGGGAUGCUGCCUCGUCACAAAGUUGACGAGACUGACGAGGGAACCUACAGACCUGCUUACGUGGUCGACGCAAGGCAUGGAACGCAGACCGGAGUAUUUAUUGGAUCCAUCAUCCCUUUCUUAAUGGAGAGAGGUGCCAUCCACUCGCAGAUCAAGAUUGAGCGCAUGUGGACGCUGCACCCUGUCGACAAGUUCAUCCAAUACUGCAAGGAGGACUGGGACCACUACUGCGAGAAGUUCUCCUUCGAAGGCCUAACAGGCCCACAGUUCCCGUACACCCCGGAGCAGGCACACAAGUACCUCAACAUGUACCGAGAGGAGAACAGGGUAGCAGCGAAGGAGCAGGCCCCAUUCUACGAGGAGUUUGUUGAUCGGCAGCUGAAGCAAGCGCAAAGUGAACGCUGA